CUGAGACUCAUAGACAUUACAUUACUAUUGAACUAAGGCAUCAUUCAAAAUGAGGGGUGUUGUAGCUAUGCUGGUGCUGAUGUUCUAUCUGUCUGGGGCCUGGGCUGAGGUAGAGAGUAAAGGAGGGACGGAUCAGAUUGACCAGAACAUUCUAUUCACUACCAUAGAUGCUGUCUGGGAUGAGCUGAAAGACCUGAGACUCAUGCUGAACAACACAAAGAAACGAGUAGAGAAGUUGGAGAAUAAGAACACAGCCCUGGAAAACAGAGUGACAGCCAGUGAGAGCCAGGUGGUGGAACUGAAGAAAGAGAAUGCAGCCCUGGAGGCCAGAAUGACAGCCAGUGAGAGACAGGUGGACGAAGUGAAGAAAGAGAAUGCAGUCUUGGAGGCCAGAGUGACAGCCAGUGAGAGUCAGGUGGCGGAACUGAAGAAAGAGAAUGCAGCCAUGGAGGUCAGAUUGACAACCAGUGAGAGCCAGCUGAAGGAUCUGAAGGGAAAGAAUGCAGACCUGGAGGCCAGAGUGACAGCCAGUGAGAGCCAGGUGGAGGACUUGAAGAAACAGAAUACAGGCCAAGCAGCACUAUUGUUAUCCUUGGGAAGCCGAUUAACCACCCUUCAGAGCCAGGUGGCAGAACUGAAGAAAGAGAAUGCAGAUCAAGCAGCAGAACUGUCAGCCCUGGAGAACACAGUGACAGCCAGUGAGAACCAGGUGGCAGAGCUGAUGGCAGAAAAUGCAGCCCUGGAGGCCAGAGUGACAGCCAGUGAGAGUCAUGUGGCAGAACUGAAGGGAAAGAACGCAGCCCUGGAGGCCAGAGUGACAGCCAGUGAGAGCCAGGUGGAGGAGCUGGAGAAAGAGAAUGCAGACCAAGCAGCUGAACUGUUAUCCUUGGGGAGCAGAGUGACAACCCUUCAGAGCCAGGUGGCAGAACUGAAGAAAGAGAAUGCAGCCCUGGAGGCCAGAGUGACAGCCAGUGAGAACCAGGUGGCAGAGCUGAUGGGAAAGAAUACAGCCCUGGAGGCCAGAGUGACAGCCAGUGAGAGUCAUGUGGCAGAACUGAAGGGAAAGAACGCAGCCCUGGAGGCCAGAGUGACAGCCAGUGAGAGCCAGGUGGAGGAGCUGGAGAAAGAGAACGCAGACCAAGCAGCUGAACUGUUAUCCUUGGGGAGCAGAGUGACAACCCUUCAGAGCCAGGUGGCAGAACUGAAGAAAGAGAAUGCAGCCCUGGAGGCCAGAGUGACAGCCAGUGAGAACCAGGUGGAGGAGCUGAAGGGAAAGAAUUCAGCCCUGGAGGCCAGAGUGGCAGCCAGUGAGAGUCAUGUGGCAGAACUGGAGAAAAAUAAUGCAGCCUUGAGGACCAGAGUGACAGCCAAUGAGAGCAAGCUGGAGGAACUGAAGAAAGAGAAUGCAGCCCAAGCAGCAGAACUGUCAGACUUGAAGAACAGAGUGACAACCAGUGAGAGCCAGGUGGCAGAGUUGAAGAAAGAGAAUGCAGCCCAAGCAGCAGAACUGUUAGCUUUGGGGAGCAGAGUGACAACCAGUGAGAGGCAAGUAGCAGAGCUGGAGAAAGAGAAUGAAGCCCUGGAGGCAAGAUUGAGUGUCGCUGAGAGCCUGGUGGAGGAACUGAGGCUAGACAGAAGACAGGUGGCCUUUUCUGUUGGUUUGACGGACUCAGGAUAUGUGGGACCCUUUCAAACUGAGAUCACUCUGGUCUAUGAAAAAGUCUUCACCAACAUCGGCAACGGUUACGACCCAAACUCUGGUAUGUUUUCAGCACCAGUGAGAGGGGUCUACUACUUCACAUUCACCUCCAUGGGCCGAGAGCCUGGACAGAAAAUGGGUGUUUACUUGGCCAAAAAUGGAGAGCAAAUGAUAUACAACGUCCAGGACAACUUCCAUGGUGGUUAUGAGUACAUGACAGGUGCCGUGGCUCUGGAGCUAGAGAAAGAUGAUCUGGUGUACUUAAGGCUUCCUAAGGGCUGGGGGCUGUAUGAUGACAACUACAACCACACUGUCUUUACUGGCAUCCUGCUCUUCACCACCAACCCUGCUAGGGGCCGACUCCACUAGUCCUUCUCCGUCUUCAAUAAACAUGGAAUGAGUAA